AUGCAGCUUGCUCACCAGAGCGUCGCUUCGCGCAUCCCACCUCCUUGGGCCGAGGUUGCUUUAUCGAUUUAUGAGCUGCACGGCACGUCCGCCCUCAACUUGCUCACCAGAGCUGCAGACAUGGGAGGUGCUUACCAUGUCGGGGUUGAGGUUUACUGGCUCGAGUGGUCUUUCGGAUGGUGCGAAGAGGGAAGUGGUGUCUAUAUGGUCUUCCCGCAGCAAAGUACCCUUGGUACCUUCCGUGAAAGAGUUCCGCUGGGGCGAACACCGCUCACACCAGAGGAGGUUUUUCGCGUGCUGGAUAAAAUGCGGCAAGAGCUGCCUGGCUCGAACUACGACCUCCUGCGCUGUAAUUGUGCGCACUUCAGCGUGUCAUUCGUGAAGCGAUUGCGCGUAAGCGAGGCCCCCUCCUGGGUGAAUUCCCUGGCAAACGUUGGCGAACACCUGGUAGCACAACUAGGAAUGGCAGGUGCUCAGGCAGCAGCUGCAGCUGCAACCCCUGCAGAGUCGGACCGCGUGGCUCCAAGAUACGUGCGCUUUGGCGACGACGACGAGCUGGAGGAUCUUGCGGGAGAUGGCGACGAUCAAGCCCUGCGCGAGCUAGCAUGGCGGCGCGCGCAGGCGUUUGUUUUCGAGAAGUCUGCAGAAGCUGAAAGGGACGCACGUUCUCUGGACUUGGCAAUGGAGCUGAAGUGGAAUCCGACUACAGAUGACUCCACAGAGACGGCGAGGAGAGUGUCCGACAUGCUUCAGGAUCCGAGGCUCAUGCAAGCUCUUGCGGAGGCCUCAGCCGCUGGGUUCGGCCUGCCUUGCCCCUUCCUUCAACAGAAAGAGGAGGCAGGCUGGUCCUUGCUGGGAGAUGACGAGUCCGAAGACGAGCUGGAGGAGGAUGGCCACUGUGGCAAUUUGCAGGUCUGUAAGUUGCUGAAGGGUCAAGGGCGAUUGGUCACUACCCGAAUUCGACUUCGUGGCAAAGCCCUGGAUGAUAAGGGCGCUGCGCCAGCCUGGCGGGGUGCCAGGUUCCGUGAAGCGCUCCGCCAGGCUGUGGCACCAAAGCGAGGACUUUCGAUCCGCUGGGCAGCGGGCAUGCCCCAGAUCAUCGCCAAUUUGGAAACGGUUACAGCGCCUGAUCAAGCACUUUUUGGAUGCAGGGUUGAGACAAGCUGCGGACCAUACGGCGGGAAGGUGUUACAUUCCCAACAAAGACCUACAACUCCUGUGGUCUCCUCCAAGGGAGCACAAGGAAGCAGGGCUGCGAGAGGUCGCCCUCCCAACGCGGGGGGGAGGGGCCUGGAGCUCUGGCGGUGGCAACAGGAGCAGCAAGAGCUCUGGAAUGCUCAGCGCGAGCAAAUGCCACGGUGGAGGUGGCAGGUCCAGCAGCUCCAGGUGAAGCCUCGUACGCUGUCUGCAGAGCGCGGCCCGAGGCUGCAGGACCCGGAAGUGAUGCAGUUUGAGCCAACUGGGGACAAGGUGCAAGAGUCGCUGUUAAGACUCCAGAAAAUCCAGCAGCUUGACCACAUGAGACGGGCAGCGCAAUUGGCGCCUCGCAGGUCGUAG